GGCGUCUUACCGCAGAAGAGGCACACACGUUGUGUACUGCUGACACUGGCAGCGGUCGUUUGUUUUGUGUAUUAUUUUAUUAUUGUAUUAGUUUAUGUUCAUAAUUAGCUGUUUUGUUACCUCAUGUGUUGGACCGUAAUAGUAGUACAAACUCCAUGAACAGACAGUCAUCGUAAUGGCUGCUCAGGCUGCACGGCUUCUCCGGAAACUAGACGGUCUGUUUGCUGUGUACAAACCUCCGGGAGUUCACUGGAAACUGGUCCGGGACACAGUCGAGACUAAUCUGCUGAAAGCUGUUAAUUCUUCUCUUCCGCCUGCACCGCGGUUUCAGGUGCAGUUUCAACUCUUAUCCAGUGGAGAGAGCAGCAGCUCCAGGGAGCUUACAGUGGCAGCGACCAGGCUCCCUGUCCUGGCAGACCACCCUCUGGUCACAGGACCACAAUUUCAUAAGAUCCGUGUUGGAGUCGGGCAUCGCUUGGAUGCAUUUUCUUCUGGAGUAUUAGUUCUAGGUUUGGGGAAUGGAAACACUGCCCUGGAGAGUCUGUACAAAUCACAUGUCACCAGGGCGUACACACUGGAAGGUGAAUUUGGAAUGGCCACAGAUGAUUUUACUCACACUGGACAAGUCAUAGAGAGAACUACUUACGGUCAUGUUACGCAGGACAAGCUAGAGAGAGUUUUAGCCAUGAUCCAAGGAGCCAAUCAGAAAGCUUUAAUCACGUACUCUGGGGUGGACCUGCGCUCUCAGGAGGCUUAUGAGUUGGCAGUUAAGGGAAUGUUGCGUCCACAAGAUAAAAGUCCUCCCAUUCUAACCGGCUUACGAUGUCUCCAUUUUCAGCCACCUCACUUUACCCUGGAGGUGCAGUGUGUGAAUGAGACUCAGUUGUAUCUACGGAAACUGCUGCAUGAGGUGGGUCUGGAACUGCGCACCACUGCGGUCUGCACUAAGGUGCGUCGUACCCGCGAUGGACCUUUCAAAAUGGAGGACGCCUUGACCCACAACCACUGGACUGCUGAUGACAUUAUACCAGCGGUCACUCACUUUCGCCGCGCUACCCGGAAAAUCCGGAAGAAUGACUUUUGCAAACAAGCUGCCAGCCAGCUGGACUCCACUACAAAGGCCCAAGGCCAAAGUAGAACUAGCAUUGCUCAUUUAGAGAAUGUAACUGAGGAGAAAGAUGGAUCAGACUACCUUUAUUCAGAAAUGUCUGCCGACAGUAAGCAGUCGACUUAAAGAAGCUUUAAAUGCAAGCACAUGUUUUCAGUUAAAUUAAUAUCUAUGAUGGUAAAGAUUGACAUUUCAUUGUUGAAUUAAUCCAACAUAUUUAUUGCUGUAUACAUUGUCACAUAAUUUAUAUACUGAGAGGUAUUUCUUAUUUCAGUCUCUUCCCACCACUCAUUCAGUAUCAAACAUAACACCAUGUAGGAUGUUAUUAAUCAUACCAUUUUCUAAUAAAGCAUUAUUUAUUUAAAAAAAA